AUGGAUAACGAACAAAAAAAAAAAAGUUAUACACUUCAAUUUAAGCUUGAUGUAGUUUCUUAUACAGAAAACACAUCAAAUCGUAAAGCUUCAAUGUUCUAUAAGGUUGAUAGAAGAUGUGUUCAGAAGUGGAGAGACCAAAAAUCACAAUUUGAAGCUCUUAAAGCAACUCAGGAUUUAAGUCUUAGAAAAGCUAGAGUGCUUGGUGGCCGUGGCCGUAAACCAAAGUAUCCAGCUUUAGAACAAGAAUUAAUAAAAUAUAUUAAAGAGAAGCAAGAUGAAGAGCUUUCUGUUACAACACAUAUGAUUUCAACUAGGGCAAAAGAAUUAGCUGAAACAUUAGAGCUUGUACAACGAUCUAAAACUCAGAUAGCUCAAAAGUUUCCCGAAGAUACACCAGUAAUUGUUCAAGAAUUUCUUAAAACUGCACUUUGGUUCAAUAUGCCAAGAAAUUCAACACUUGAUUUUCGUGGAGUACGUGAAGUUCGAAUUAGAACUACAGAGAAUGACAAGUUACAUUUUACAGUUGUUUUGGGUUUUACUGCUUCUGGACACAAACUUCCGCCUAUGAUAAUAUUCAAAUUAAAAAAAGUACCUAAAAGAGUUUACCCGAGAGAUAUUAUUGUAGCUGCUACAACUAGUGGAUCUAUGAAUGGAGACUUAAUGCUUUCUACAUAUAUUUCAAAAGUUAUUAGAGCAAGACCAGAUAGUUUUUUUAAAACUAAAGGUGUUAUAUUUGUUGACUGUCAUGGAAGUCAUAUACGUGAUGAUGUAAUUAAAGCAUUAAAUGCUAAAGGUCUAGAGGUAUCUGAAGUGUGGAAAGAAAUUGGUCAAGAUCUUUUAAUUAAAUCUUUCGAUGUAUCUGGUCUUACAUUAAACCCUAAUGGAAGUGAAGAUUUAAAAAUGUCAAGCCGGCUUCAAGCAAUCGUUAAAAAUCGUUUAGAAGAUGCAAUUAUAGAAGAAUCAAGUGAGGAUGAGCCAAUAGAAGAUGAAGAAAUAAAUUGUGAUAGAUCAGACGAAGAAAUUAAUGUUGACAAAUUUAUUAAAGAAAAUAGUAAUAGCAGAUUUGAUGGAGAAACUAGUAAUAAUGAAAUUGAUGAAAGAAAUAGUGAUAACGAAUUUAAUGAACGAAUUAGUGAUAGUAAAUUUGAAGAAAUCAAUAAUGAUAGAGAAUUUACUUAUGAUGAGUUUGAUAAUGAAUUUAAUAUUAAUGAAGAAUAA